UACCGGCACUGCUGAAACUUUGUGCUAUAAUCCAUCUCCAAUGCUGUUUCUACAGGACACAGCCACCACCCAAACUGCCUGUAGGCCCGAGCCACCAGUUUGCCGGAAACUACUACUACACCAGAGAUGGACGCAGAGAGUCAGUACCCGCCACAGUCAUUAUGUCCUCUCAGAAGGCUCUGACUGCUGGCAGUCAAGUUGCAGAAGCGCCAAAGCUCCCAGUGACCCCGGGGCCUGUAUACAAGGGACCACCACUCUCCACAGAUGAGCCGUACCUCUGAGCAUUAACCCCUUCAUCAUCAACCACCUAUUUUCUCCAUUCAAACCUGCUGUAGAGGCCUGACCGCUGCACGUGUUGGUUGUGUCGUGUACAAUAGACAAUGUGAAUAAAAUGUGUUCUAUUUAA